AUGACGGAUCAUCAAAAAAUCCAUCCAUUUCAUGAUGUUGAUCUUGAAGCGCCACAACAACAACAACCUUCAGCUCCUUUAGUAACAAGAAACAUGUCAAAAUCCGAUGAUGUUCAACAUCAUCAACAACAACAACCUCUUCCUACACAACAACCUAGUAUUCCUAUGAAUCAUUAUCCAAAACCACCAAAGAAAAGAAGAAGCUGUUGCUGCAGACUCUUCUGUUGGCUAUUCAGCAUCCUAUUGAUUCUAAUCAUCGCAAUCGCCAUAGCAAUAGGAGUCCUCUUCCUGGCUUUCCGCCCCAAAAUCCCGAAAUACUCCGUGGAUGAACUCCACGUCACGCAGUUCGAUCUCUCAGGCAACAACAGCUUAUCAGUAACUUUCAACCUCUCAAUCACUGCAAGAAAUCCAAACAAAAGAAUCGGAAUUGAUUAUCGAGGUGGAAGUCACAUAAGUGCUUGGUACGCAGACACAAAACUAUGUGAAGGUUCAUUACCUAAAUUUUACCAAGGUCAUAAAAAUGUUACUGUUCUUAGUAUACCUUUGUCUGGAGAGACACAGAAUGCAACAGGUUUGAGAGAUUCUUUACAGCAACAGAUUCAAGAUGAGGGAAGUAUCCCUCUUAAUUUGAAGGUGAAACAGCCUGUGAGGAUUAAGUUUGGAAAGUUGAAGAUUUUUAAGAUUAAUUUCAGGGUUAGGUGUAGGAUUGUGGUGGAUAAUCUUAAUGCUAAUAAUUCUAUUAGAAUUAGAAGUAGUAGUUGUAAGUUUAGGUUUAAGCUUUGA